GAGAAAAAGAGAAGCGACCGGGCAUCUCCCCUUUGACCCUUGUCCCCUCUUGCCGUUGCCGGCUCCUCUCCUCUCCCCGCGCCUCGUCCGCCUCCUCUCCUCCCUCUCUCUCGUCUCCUCACCCGCACCGCCAGCCCCUUCUCUCUGCUUGCCCCAGCCGUCUCUCUCCUCCCGCGCGCCGUCAGCCCCGGAUCUGGAGGAAGAGGAGAGAUGCGGGAUUUGGAGGAAGAGGAGAGAUGUGGGAUCUGGAGGAGGAAGAGGAGAUCCGGGCGUCCCGGCGGUGGCUCGACCGAUGCAAGGUGACCUCCUCAUCUCCGACGCGGCCUCUAACCACAUUCUCGACGACGACGCGCUACUCAUCCCCGCCGGCUCCGAUCUCGUUAUCAAGCGCGUGCCCAUCAAGUUCGUGGACGGCCGCGGGGACGCAUCGGCUCCUUGUCAGGACAAAGCUGAGGAGCAGCAUGGCUGUGGGCGCAGUGACCGAGGCGAUGGCAUUGCGUCAUUUCUGCCUCCAUUUCAUAAUUUUGAUGAUCUAGAUAAGGCUGUUUGUCCUGGUUUGGAGGCAAAUGGUAAAAGUCAGACCUGUUUUCAUCACUGGUGGUUGCGAAUCUCAGGCUUUGCAUGUCCGUCUAUGACAUCCUUGCCGUCGAAGGCAGAUUCAUCUUUCCAGGAUAGGGCUGCUCGACGUAUAAAGCUCUACAGGAUUUGAUGAUGGAUGUGUGAAUGUGAGCAAUCAGGAUAUAGAUUUCUUCCAACAACAAGACAUGCAUUCAGGAAUAUGUUGCGUCUUAGCUUUGCAGCUUCACAUUGUAGGAUUAAUAUUUGGCACCUGACAUGAGAUUGAGAAAUACCAUGCUUUAAUUAAUUAUUAGUACAUACCUUGUGCAGGGCACAUAAAAUAUAUCUGAUAUCGCAUUUUUAUGAAUAUUUUUAUCUUUUCUAUCCUAA